CGGGGAAGAUGUCGUACCAAGGCAAGAAGAGCAUCCCUCGCAUCACGAGCGAUCGGCUGCUCAUCAAAGGAGGGAAGAUUGUAAAUGAUGACCAGUCAUUUUAUGCAGAUAUCUAUGUGGAAGAUGGCUUGAUUAAACAAAUUGGGGAAAAUCUGAUUGUCCCAGGAGGUAUAAAAACAGUGGAUGCCUAUGGCCAGCUAGUUAUGCCCGGUGGAAUAGACGUACACACUAGAUUACAAAUGCCCAUGAUGGGAAUGACUUCUGCUGAUGACUUCUAUCAAGGCACGAAAGCAGCUCUGGCAGGAGGAACCACCAUGAUACUUGACCAUGUUUUCCCUGAAUCUGGAGCAAACCUCCUGACUGCCUAUGAUCAAUGGAGAGAGUGUGCUGACAGUAAGGCCUGUUGCGAUUAUUCUCUGCACAUUGAUAUCACCCGCUGGCACGAGAGCAUAAAAGAAGAGCUGGAGGCUCUUGUUAAAGACAAAGGUGUGAACUCCUUUCUUGUUUUCAUGGCAUAUAAAGACAAACUCCAGUGCACUGAUGCUCAGAUGUAUGAGAUAUUCAGCAUUAUUCGAGAUCUGGGGGCCAUUGCGCAAGUGCAUGCUGAAAAUGGAGACAUCAUUGAUGAGGAGCAAAAAAGAUUAUUGGAUCUUGGAAUUACUGGUCCAGAAGGUCACGUGCUGAGUCAUCCAGAAGAGGUUGAAACGGAGGCUGUGUACCGCGCUAUUACCAUAGCAAAACAAGCCAAUUGCCCUUUAUAUGUCACAAAAGUCAUGAGCAAAGGAGCUGCGGAUGUCAUAGCACAAGCCAAGCGAAAAGGAACAGUUGUCUAUGGAGAGCCAAUCACAGCCAGCCUGGGCAUUGAUGGCUCGCAUUACUGGAGCAAGAACUGGGCAAAAGCAGCAGCUUUCGUUACAUCUCCUCCCAUAAGCCCAGACCCGAUGACCCCCGAUUAUCUGACUUCACUGCUAUCAUGUGGGGAUCUUCAGGUGGUAGGGAGCGCUCACUGUACCUUCACCACGGCCCAGAAGGCGGUUGGAAAGGAUAAUUUCACCCUCAUUCCAGAAGGGACGAAUGGCAUUGAAGAGCGAAUGUCCAUCAUCUGGGAAAAAUGUGUGGCAACAGGAAAGAUGGACGAAAAUGAAUUUGUAGCUGUGACCAGUACAAACGCAGCAAAGAUUUUUAACUUUUACCCCAGGAAAGGACGGAUUGCUGUUGGUUCUGAUGCAGAUUUGAUUAUUUGGAAUCCGAAAGCUACGAAGAUCAUCUCUGCAAAAACUCACAACUUGAAUGUGGAGUACAAUAUAUUUGAAGGAACCGAAUGUCACGGUGUCCCUACUGUGGUUAUAAGCCAAGGGAAGGUUGUGUUGGAAGAUGGAAAUCUGUUCGUCAGCCAGGGCGUUGGCCGUUUCAUUCCUCGAAAAACAUUCCCUGAUUUUGUUUACAAAAGAAUAAAAGCAAGAAACAGGCUUGCGGAAAUUCAUGGCGUCCCUCGUGGGCUGUACGACGGACCGGUUCACGACGUGAUUGUCACCGCCAAAGCUGUGGCCCCGACUCCUACCUCAAGAAUAGCUCCCUGUUCAGGCAAGAUAACCGUUCCUCCGAUCCGUAACCUACAUCAGUCAGGCUUCAGCUUGUCUGGAUCUCAAGCAGAUGACCACAUUGCAAGACGCACUGCACAGAAAAUUAUCGCACCCCCAGGUGGACGUUCCAAUAUUACAUCUCUGUCCUAAUAUUUCAAAACUGAAUAGUCUUCCCACAUUACACUAAAGAUAACUAUUUGGGCAUGGUUCAGCCAUACUUCAACAGUUAAGCCCCAUUGGUUUCCAUGGGAUAGUUAAGUAUGUGCUUAAAUCUUCUCCCAUAUUUACCAGUGGGGCUUAAAAGUGCUUAACUGUGGCUGGUUUGUCUCCCUGGUUUCCACUGGAGAGCUGCAUUUGCAUUACGUUUAAAGUACAGAUGUUGUAUUCUUAAAUACUCUGCCUUGUUAUACUCCCCAAGAUCAUCUUGUUUUAUAAAUUACAAUU